AUGAUGACCAUGAACGGCAAGCAGCAUUUCUCUAUGCACCCGGUGCUGCAGGAGCCCAAAUACUCUGGCCUGCACGCGAGUUCGGAAGGCAUGCGCAGGGUGUGUCUGCCUGCCCCGCAGCUUCAGGGCAAUAUAUUCGGUUGCUUUGAUGAGAGUCCACUGGCACGCGCGGAAGCUCUGGCGGCUGCUGACAUUGUCUCUCACGGCAAGAGUCACCCUUUCAAGCCUGACGUGACUUACCAUACCAUGAGUAGUGUCCCCUGCAACCCCAACUCCUCUACGGUGCCCAUCACCCACUCCACCACCCUGACCCCUCACCACCACCACCACCACCUCAACCAGAGCUUGGAGGGGGAUCUCCUGGAUCACAUCUCGUCCAGUCUCUCUGUGAGCGGGAUGGGGGCUCCGGAUUCCUCUAUGAUGGCCACUCAAGCCCACCAGCACCACCUCCAGACCAUGGGUCACCUUCACCAAGCUAUGGGCAUUGGUCAUCCGCACUCAUUGUCUGUGCACAACGGAAUGUCGUGUGUCAACGACGUGGAGUCGGAUCCUAGGGAGUUGGAAGCCUUCGCUGAGCGGUUCAAACAACGGAGGAUAAAGCUCGGGGUGACCCAGGCGGACGUUGGCUCAGCUCUCGCCAACCUGAAGAUACCUGGGGUGGGCUCUCUCAGCCAGAGCACUAUCUGCCGGUUCGAGUCCCUCACCCUCUCUCACAAUAAUAUGAUUGCGCUAAAACCUGUCCUCCAAGCCUGGCUCGAGGAGGCUGAGGCUGCUUACCGGGAGAAAAACAGCAAGCCAGACCUUUUCAAUGGCAACGAACGCAAACGAAAACGCACUUCGAUAGCCGCACCUGAGAAACGAUCUUUGGAGGCAUAUUUUGCUAUCCAGCCCCGUCCCUCUUCGGAAAAAAUAGCUGCAAUUGCUGAAAAACUGGACCUUAAAAAGAACGUGGUUCGUGUGUGGUUUUGCAACCAACGGCAAAAACAGAAAAGGAUGAAAUAUUCUGCUGUGCAUUAGUUCAAAUAAUGCCUAAAAUACGACAUUUUGAAGAGAUAACGGGGAUAUAUCAACAUCUCAUGCCUGACUGGAAUUUACUACUGAGACUCUAUAGGAUUUAUUUACAUUUCAAUUAUUUCGUUCACUUUUUUUGUCCUGUUGUUUAGUUUGGAAUUAAACGUAACGUGCUAAAGGUCUCUUGGAGGAAAUGUUCGUUGUUGAUUUUGUGACUGCCUAUGACACCUCUUCAAUCACAGAACUAAACCAUAGGGCCUAAUAAAUAGAGGGAGAAAAUGACUUCUCUCUCGUGUGAUAUGUCCUGUUGAAUACUCAUAAAACCUGUUAGUUGUUUGGACAAUUUAAUCAAUUACACUAACCAUUUUGACGUUUAUGAUUCAUAUUUAAGAUGGAAUGAAUGUGUGUUCACUGCAUAGGGGUAACACAACCACCCCAAAAAUGCUAAUAAAUGUGCUCUCUUUGUGAACUAGCUGAACUUUAUUUACCGUUAUGUGUAAACGAGUCAAAUACUAUUCACAUUAUUUAUGACGCAACACGAGUUGAUUUUUUUAAUAGGCUAAUUUUAAAUAAGGCAUGUCA